AAUCACCCACCCAACAAAGGCUAUUUCAUUCUUAACCAUCCAACAUGCUUCUUUUUCUGUUUCACUUUGUUUUGUUUCGAUACUAGUUGCAUUUUUUUUCAUGCACACACACUUUUACAACAACAUUAAAAUAAUUGUACUUCCACUUUUUUCCUUAUCCCCGUGCGUGUAACCCGAAAACACCACCAUUUCCCAACAACAGUAACGGUUCCUUCCUGCGAUGAUGUGCCAAAAACACCACUACUCAAAACAAAGCAAAGAAUCAUCGUCAUCAUCACUUGUUGUUACUACUAAUACACUACCACUUGUUUUACUAUUACACCCCCUCAAAACCAUACACUACUUCAGUUACUCUUUCUCUUCUUCUUAUUAAGUACUCGCAUGGCUUGUGUGACUCAUCACAAUUGGCUUAAUCUCUCCAACAUGGUCUCUGAGAAACGCUUCCCUCUCUCUUCUUCCUACCGUCUUGAAAAAGUUUUUCCUGUUUAUGCUAUGGGUUUACCUGACCCGGAUCCUGAAUCCAUCUUAGACGUGUCUGACCCUAUUUGGGAAGCUGUUAAGCAAGAAGCUAAGCAUGAGGCAGAGAAGGAACCAGUUUUGAGUAGCUUUUUGUAUGCAAGUGUUUUAGCACAUGAGUGUUUGGAGCAAGUCCUAGCUUUUGUUGUUGCUAACCGUCUUCAAAGUCCUACUCUUUUGGCUACACAGCUGAUGGAUAUAAUCUGCAAUGUUUUCAUGCAUGACAAAGCUAUUCAGCGAUCAAUCCGCCUCGAUGUUCAGGCAUUUAAAGACAGGGACCCUGCAUGUUUGUCAUAUUGCUCAGCAAUUUUGUAUAUGAAGGGUUUCCAUUCUCUGCAAGUUUAUCGAGUAGCUCAUGCAUUGUGGCACCAGGGACGCAAAGUCUUGGCCUUGGCUUUGCAAAGCCGUGUUAGCGAGGUUUUUGGAAUUGACAUUCACCCUGCUGCGAAAAUUGGGGAGGGAAUUUUAUUAGAUCAUGGGACAGGCGUGGUUAUUGGUGAAACUGCUGUUAUUGGAAACAGAGUUUCAUUGAUGCAAGCUGUGACAUUAGGAGGCACAGGGAAGGAAUCAGGUGAUCGCCAUCCUAAAGUAGGUGAAGGGGCACUGAUUGGAGCUGGUUCAACUAUACUCGGAAAUAUAAAAAUUGGUGAAGGUGUGAUGAUCGCUGCUGGCUCCCUUGUGUUGAAAGAUGCCCCUCCGCGCAGUAUUGUGGCAGGAAUACCGGCUAAAGUUAUUGGAGGUCUCCGGGAGCAUGACCCAUCUUUGACCAUGAGACAUGAUGCUACAAAACAAUUUUUCUCUCAUGUAGCUACUAACUUUAGAGAUGAAAAGUCCAGUGGAGAACAAAAUCCAGACAAAAUCGAAGUGAACACUUGAGUGGAUUGGUUGCCUAGAUCUCAGUUUGGAUCGAUUGUCUUCAAAGGAAGGAUGUUGUUGUACUUAAUGUUAGAAUCAUGAUCAGUUCAAAGCGAUGUAGUGGAUCUCAUAUAUUAAUAAUACAUUUAUUUUACUUGCAAUUUUUGCUGCUGAGUGCCGAGGUUCUUGCACCAGUAUAGCAAAUUUCUGUAGACAAACUUUAAAGCAGAUGCUACAUGUCUCUUAUCACUU